AUGCUAAAAACGCAAAAUUAAUUGAAAAUUCAUAUUUUGACUUUAGUCCCUCAAAUGAUUUAGCAUUUCUCUCUCAAUAUUCUUACCUUAUCUCAUCUUGACUCAUCACUCACUAAUCACCUUAAGAUAAUGCUUAAUCAAAUUAGCUUGGUUAGGGAUUAAGUAUCGAUUGUAUAGUGUCUUAAGAUUUAUUAAGAAUGGUUACCUAAGAUACCAAGAAUAACCUCCAAGUUAACCUGCUUAGUUAGAGAAACCAGUUUUACCUACUUUUAAGACAUUACUCUUAAAUUCUAAAAGUGUGUAACUGAUUUAGCUUAUAUUGACUUUACUUUACCUCCAAACGAUAAAAAAAUUAAUAGGUAAAUUUAAAAAUUAAUUCAAUUUAAUUACUACUCUAAUGAGGAAAGAAGUAAAUCUUGUACUUAAAUGAAAUAUUUUAUUUACUCCUCCCUUAAACUGGCCAAUUAUUUUGAGAGUUUAAGUACAUUUAUUUCAAAAUCCAAAUAGAAAGUUCACCCUCAAAAAUUUUGUUCAAUUAGAAGUGAUUUUAUAGAUGAUCUAAUAUCUCCCUAUUACGAAGAAAAACUUUAUGUUAGUAGAUUUACCCAAUAAUAUGCUAGAAGAGGAGCUCAAUUUCCUAAGAAACCUUCAGAAAUUACUCAACUCAAAAGUGCCCUUUCUUUGCAUUACCUGAUGAAAAAACAAAAUAUUAUCAAUACCCUAAUUCAUAAUAGGAAUCCUUACUAUGGCAGAUUUAAUCACAUAUAAGACUAUGAAGGCAAUUAACUAGAUUGA